UUCACUUAUCGCUCAGCUCUCGGAGUUUCGAAGUGUCUUAUCGUAGAAUUUGGUCGUACGCCCCAUACCGGUCUGCUCAUUUAAGAAGUCUUUCGGAUCAACAAAGCUUGUGCGAUGUCUUUUGCCGACAUAGACCAGUUGUUUGGAACCCCAGAUAUCCAACGCGGAUACGACAUCCUCAAAAAGCGUUAUGAUGCUGGUGACAAAUCGUCCGAUUUGCUUCGAAGACUGGCACGGUGCUGCCAUGAGUUGGCUUGUGCCACUCUAGACAAAGGAAAAAAGAAGGGAUUGAUUUUUGAAGGUAAAGAAUUCGCUAUGGAAGGAUACAAGAUGAAUGAAGACGAUUUCGAAGCAUUAAAAUGGGCCGGAAUCAUGGUUGGGUCAGCAACAGAUCAUAUGAGCACCAAGGAGAGAAUUGAAGAGGGUGGAAACUUUAAGGCUCUUCUGGAUAAAGCACUAGAAAUGAACAACCAAGACUUUGUUCUUCUCCACAUGCGCGGACGGUUCUCUCAUUCUGUAGCUAGCCUCACCUGGGUCGAACGGAAGGCUGCCACGAUACUUUACUCCGCGCCGCCUGUGGCCACUAUGGAAGAGGCUUUGGCAGACUUUCUGGCUGCAUAUGAGCUCAAACCAGAUUGGAUCGAAAAUCUCGUUUGGCUUAUACGGACUUAUUUGGCUUUAAAUGAUAAGGAAAACGCAAAGAAGUCUAUCAACAAGCUUUUGGUCCUUACUCCAGCGAAUGAGGAUGAACGAGAUAAAGUGAACGAAACCAAGAAAUUGCUAGCAAAGUGCUAAAGUGGUGCAGAUCCAAAUAAAAUCACCUGUGUUUUUUAUCAUUUCCAAGA